AAAUUCUCCAUUUUUAAUUUUCUUCUCCUCUGACCACCAAACCAGUCUCACUGUAACCAAACAAAGACGAAGCCAUUUAUUUUUGUUACCACACAAAUUGGAGGAAUUUUCACGAACACAACACAAACAAUGGAGCCGAAAGAGAAUGGGAAGGAACCGGGUCGGGUCAUAGAAGGACCCACAAACCCGAUGGUCACACCUCUCCUCAACGAUCUCUACCAAUUCACCAUGGCUUACGCUUAUUGGAAAGCUGGCAAACAAAACGAACGAUCCGUCUUCGAUCUGUACUUUCGUAAGAACCCGUUUGGCGGCGAGUACACUGUCUUCGCUGGGUUAGAAGAGUGUGUCAAGUUCCUCGCCAAUUUCAAAUUGACCCAUCAAGAGAUCGAUUACGUUCGUGACUCCUUGCCUGGAUCUGAGGAAGCUUUCUGUGAUUAUCUGAGAGGGCUUGAUUGCUCCGACGUUGAAGUCUAUGCGAUUCCUGAAGGGACUGUUGUUUUCCCUAAGGUGCCUCUCAUGAGAGUUGAAGGACCUGUUGGUGUUGUUCAAUUGUUGGAAACUCCGUUCCUCAAUCUUGUCAAUUUUGCAUCUUUGGUAGCUACCAACGCAGCAAGACACCGGUUUGUUGCCGGCAAGUCUAAGAGUCUGCUUGAGUUUGGUGCUCGGAGAGCUCAGGGACCUGAUGGCGCAAUAAGCGCAUCCAAGUAUUGCUAUCUUGGAGGUUUUGAUGCAACAAGCAAUGUAGCAGCUGGAAAACUUUUUGGGAUACCUCUCCGUGGCACACAUUCCCAUGCUUUUGUUAGCUCAUUCAUGAGCACUGAUGAGAUUGUUGACAAAGUGCUUCAGAGUGCUGAUGGGGAAACCACAUGUGAUGACUUUAUUAGUCUAGUUCAGACAUGGCUAACAAAGAUUCAGUAUUCACCUUCUCUAAGUGGCUUUUUCUCUGAGACAAAUCAAAGCGAGCUAGCAGCUUUCAUCUCAUAUGCACUGGCAUUCCCCAAAGCCUUUCUUGCGCUUGUAGAUACAUACGAUGUGAUGAAGAGUGGGAUCCCUAACUUCUGUGCAGUUGCUUUAGCUCUGAAUGACUUAGGAUACAAAGCAUUAGGUAUUAGACUGGACUCAGGUGACUUAGCAUAUCUAUCAACAGAGGCCAGAAAUUUCUUCUGCGCAGUAGAGAGAGAACUUAAAGUGCCUGGUUUUGGGAAGAUGAUCGUCACCGCUAGUAAUGAUCUGAAUGAAGAGACUAUCGAUGCUUUAAACAAACAGGGACAUGAGGUGGACGCUUUUGGUAUUGGGACUUACUUAGUCACGUGCUAUGCGCAAGCUGCCUUAGGCUGCGUUUUCAAACUUGUGGAGAUAAACAAUCAGCCUCGGAUCAAACUUUCUGAAGAUGUUACAAAGGUAUCAAUACCGUGUAAAAAGCGAAGUUACAGAUUGUAUGGAAAAGAAGGUUAUCCACUAGUGGAUAUAAUGACAGGAGAGAAUGAGCCACCUCCAAAGGUUGGUGAGCGUUUACUGUGUCGUCAUCCUUUUAAUGAAUCCAAAAGAGCAUACGUAGUGCCGCAACGUGUUGAAGAGCUCCUCAAAUGUUACUGGCGUGGAAGUGCUGGUGAAGCAAGAGAAGAAUUACCACCAUUGAAAGAGAUACGAGACCGUUGCAUCAAACAGCUUGAAAACAUGCGACCUGAUCAUAUGAGAAGAUUAAACCCUACUCCUUACAAGGUUUAUUAUUCUCUCCUACAAAAAUGUUUGAAAGCUCAUGUUCUGGUUUUUAAGAAAAAAAUCUUUGUAUAUGUUUUUUCCGUCAUUGCAGGUUAGUGUCAGCGCGAAGCUGUACGAUUUCAUUCACUUCCUAUGGCUCAACGAGGCACCUGUUGGUGAAUUACAGUGACAGACCAAGAAGAAGAGAAUUGCAGUUACGACAAAAAAAGAAGAAGAUAAUCUUGUUUUGGUUGGAGUAAUGUAUAUAUCAUAUACCACAUCAUUAGAACGUGCAAUAAGAGUUUUUUUCACUUAGUUUUUGUUUGUUUGUUUUGAUUGAUUUCAUGUAUUUUUGUCGUAAUAAGUUCACCUUCUUGACGACGAAAGAAACUUUUUGCGCUCAUUUGACCUUUGUUUUGGAUUUGAUUCAUAUUAAUAGUUGAAAUGAAUUUCAACAUAUUUCA